AUGACUGAGAUUCUCUCUGUCUCGCCCGUGGGGUGGGAUCAUAUGAGAAAUCACUGGUGGCAGUUUGUUUUGAUUGGUAUUCUACUGGGCAGCGUUACAGUUGGAACAGUAUACCUUGUAUAUUCUACAAUUUUACGAAGCAUAAUUUAUUUCGAGUCCAGGCGACGCCCCGAAAAGGUGUCCGCCCAGAUAUCCGCAAGGAUCAAUGGCCUGUCGAACAGGCAUCUGAACUUGGCCAAUACUCGCUCAACUGGCCAAAAGCCUUCGUCUGCCGGCGUCUACCUGGGACGUCUUGACGAGCAUUUGAACGACUAUCAACGUCGCUUCCUCGAUGAAUGGGACAUGUUGAUUGUGGAUCCUUAUCAGUCCGGGGUAAUUGAAGCUGUCGCAACUGCUGCUGGCAAGCAGAUUCUGGGCCGACUCGACCUUCAGGAUGCGGCUUCCAAGGAGGAUACGACUUUGGCGGUUAUCGACAAAAUUGACAAUGCUCUGAAUGAUGUCUUCCCGGGUUCUAAUUUCAACGGCAUUUUGCUCGCCAACUGGGAAGGGAAACUGAAUUCCGAGUGCUGGGCCAGCACGCUCCAGGCUAUCCACAAGCUGGGCUUGUCGAUCUUUCUGGAAACCGCGCCCCCGGACUUCCUUCCAGACCGCAAUGUGUUGCAGAACCAGGCUAUCGCUGGUUUGGUGGUCAGGAACGCCAGUAUUCUUCCUAAUGGCCAGAAGCGCGAUUACUUCCAGCUGCAAAGCAUGAAAUCAACGAUCAAGGCUUUCGUGUCAGAGGCGUGCAUGAGGGACUUUACCGUGGUGGCCUGGGAAACAAUCGACGACGACGCAGCUUUGUCCAACGCAGUGGUUCGUCGGUCACUGCAAUGGUGCAAUUUCUACAGCGCAAUUCCUUGGAUAGGCCGCAGGGCCGCCCUGGAGGACGUCAGUCUCAACACGAAGCUACCGGAGCCUCUCUCUUCCUUUGGCUGGCUGAAAGAGCCAGAGAUUAUGAGCGCUCACGAUCGCUGGCGGUCGAAUUCAACCAUGGAAGACGUCAGUGGUAUCGUCAGCAGCGGAUGGGAUGAGUUACUGCCAUUCUUCCCAGCGCUGAGGGAUCUCAUCGCAUCGUCAGAACGCGAUGAUGGUACCCAAAGCGAUUUAACAACGGUGAUCCGUGACCCUCCUGACUGGGUUUCCCUAGCCAAGUCCCAAACAAACCCCCUCUCCACUUCUAUUGGCGGAGUAGAAUACAAGGCAUUUGGUUGUUUCCCGUUGGGCGCUGAAGCCACUGCGAGUGCCUUUGCUGAGAUCCUCAAAUCCCAGCAGCGGCUCAAGUCGCUCGCUCUACUUCAUCCGGUCCCUCUCUCAAAAAUGCAGAGUCUGGGUGCACUUUUGCGCCAGUUCCACGACGGCUUUGCGCUAUCGAACUGGGGUGCUUCAGACCCGCUUGUUGGCCACAUCAAGGAGCUCUCCAACCUCGUUUCCACUGAACAGCUUCGCGUCUACCUUGGGUUGGAUUCUGGUUUCCGCAAGAACACCGAUGUACGUUUCUGGGGUGUGUACCACAUGGACUCGGAAGGAACAGAUGUGUUCAUUUCGAAGAAUGUGCAGGGUCUCGCUGGCACUGUUUUGCACACUUACCUGUCCGCGAAAGGCUGCCCUCGACAUGUCUGCUUCGGAGUCGAAACUGCGUUGGCCAAGUUUUCAAAGGACAUCGUUGAGGAAGUUGGAUUGCCUCGCCGACUGGUGCAAGAUAUCGAAGCGUUGAGUCCCGAGGAACGACUAUUGCUCCUGCAACACCUGUCUUUGACGGAUGCCGCGAGUGACAUAACCAAGUCUAUCUGCGCUUAUCUUCAACAGCAGCUCAUCGAAGGGACGUCUCUUGUACAGCUCAAGCAGGUCAACACGGUCGCUUACCUCGAAGGGUCGGCUUCUGCUGAGACAUUGGUGGACUCGCGCGUCAAGUGGUACCGCGAACAAGGAUGCAGCUACCCUUCGCCCUCCACAUGCCUGGCGCUUUUCCGCGAGGUCGAGGCUAUUUUCCCGCGGAUCCUCCAGGAGCGCCGCGAAGCCGAUCUUGCUCAAAUCACGCGAGGUCUGUGCCAGUUGAUGGAAGGAGGACAAUUGGACGCCUAUGUUGACAUCAUGGCCCUUGCGCUGUUCUGCACCGCGAGGAAAGGAGCCAUCGACGAGAUCUAUCAGGAAGUUACCGACCGGAACCCGCUUUUCAACGCCCAUUCUGACCAAGCCGCUGCUUUCGCUGAGUCCUUUGCUCUUGGAUCGCGCUGCGAGUCCUACUUUGACAUCUCACCCAGCGCUUUCGGAAAGCUACUGUCAGAUCGCUUCCGCAAGUAUUACAAGGAUGAGGAUCUUCCGGACUGGAUCAACGGUGCUCCAGAAAUGGCUACAUCGUAUGCCGGUGCGCAGAUUGAUGUCAAUCCCGAUGACAAAGUCAAGCCGAUGCGCGGAUACCAGCGAUUCACCUUCCUCAGUGUCUUUGCUGUCCCUGCUUUGAUCGAUAUUGUCCUUCUUACCCUUAUUGGACGUGGAUUGUAUCUUUCCGCCUUCAUGACGUUUGAAGAACAAAACAGUGCUACCACCGCCUUGAUGAUUUCGCUGCUGCUGUCCGGAGGCAUCGGUACAUGGAUUGCCUGUGGUGGCCCGUAUUACCUGAUCUCCAUGGCUUUUGCUGCGACAAACAUGUUCGUUUUCAUCAGGUUUAUUGCCGGUCUCGCAUUCACAGUCGCCGGUGGUCUCAUUGGAUUUGUAGCGGUGUCUGGCGCGAACGGCCCACGAGCGGGCAUUGUGUUCUACCUCUAUCUGAUUGCUCUAACUACCUACUUCUCAGGCUUUGCCUGUCUUGCAAGCUUCAGUUACCCCGGGUCUACUUUCCUCUCCGGACGCAAGGUCAUUUUCGCGUGCAUUCCGAUCCUGUUCAUCUCGCCAAUCGUGACUACCUUUGCAGGUCAUGAUUCUGCGAUCUACAUUGCGGUCAUUUAUGUAUUCAUUGGCGCUCUUGUUCUGGGUCUACGAAGUGUCGCUUCGAAAUGGGUCACUUGGUACCAGAAGUUGAGGAGAACGGAUGACACAGAGAUUCGCAAGUGGUACAUUGAGACGCACGGCAAUGGAGACGAGAAGGUAUUCGGUACCCUCAGUGACCCCGCCGUGCUGAAGCUGUCGCGUGAGGCGCUCCUGCAAGAUGUAUCUACCGAGCGGAACCGCUGGUUUUUCAGCAGACCUACGACCAAAAGCACCCUUGUGCUCGAACUUGCGCGCGAUUGGGAAGCCACAAAUUUCCUUCUCGACUGGUACUGCAGAUACGCCGAUGUUCCCAGACCGAUUCCAUUCAGCUCUGGGUGGAACACACAGACAAAGGUCGCACUUGAGUCGCUCAAGGCCGCUCAGAGGGGAAUUCGCCUGCACAACGCCUUUAUCCAUUGGCGCCAGUCCAGUAGGGAGAUCGGCUGUGGAAUGCUCUACUUCAUUGUUGCUCUCUUGGACAAGUGGGUGGAACUUCUCAGCGGUGGUCAUCUGGUCGGUCUGUCGGCCUCUUUGACAACUGCCAAUCGAAUGGCUGUUGGUUUCUCUCUGGCAUACUACCUGAUUGGCGCUGUAUUGAUCGACACCAAAGCUCAAGAGCUCCACACCCUCGUCGGCAGUCAUACCCCGGUUGCCCUUAAGACCGCCAAAGACAUCCGGAACUCACAAAAGCGCGACGUCAGGUUUAAGAGAAAGAUCUACUGGAAGACCCUGGGCAAGUUCCUCCUGUGGCACUCAUGGGGUCUUGCCUUCUCGACGGCCCUUGUCUGGACGUUCCAGUCGCACAUGGAAGCAAUGAUCAUGUUCCUGGCGUAUGUUGGGGCGUACACCGGUCUGCUCUGGUACCAGUACACGAAGAUCUUUACUGGCCCUCACGCGCUGAAGCCAUUGCUGAUCGGGUCGCUCAUCGGUCUACCCGUUGGUAUUGCGCUCAAGGUCUCCCUGCCCAACUUCAUGUACUCGCAAGUCAUCGGCUUGGGAGCCGCCACCUGGACGGUUGCAUUCCUCUCCCUCAUCCCGGCUAAAAUGGGCAUGCCCAAGCGGGUCGACUCGCCGGUCGAGCUGGGCAGGACCUUCCACGCAUACACUGCGCCUUGGGAAGAUCCUGACUGGAGUCAACAGGAGCUGCAAACCUUCUACGAGAGCAUUUCUCUUGUCCCUACCGACGUCCGCCUCAAACUUGUACCCUCUAGCCACCCUGGAUCGGAAGUGAAGCAAAUGCUUCUCACACGGAGAAGAGAGGCUAGAAUUGAAGAAGCGUUCCCGCACUCUCAGGAGAUUGUCAACACCGCACUGAAGGCUUGGGAGGCUGGUGGGGUUACGAUCGAGCUUGUUCCUCUCGGCUCGCUUGGGCCUGGUAUUCACGCGCUGAGCUGUAGCAGCUCAGACCACUUGAAGGUUGCUGUUGCUGUGGGAAGAGGACUGGACCAGCGGAUAGACGUCACCGGCAACUGCCAAGUUAUCGCUGAGACCCUCCUCCACGCUGUUGCCGAAUCCAUCAUGCAAAUUCCCCACGAACAUGCGGUGCUCGCCGAGUCGCUUGUUGCUGCUGGUGUGACCGAAAUUACUGCCCGACAGCUGCGCGAUGAAGCCGACACUCCUCUUGUUGUACGUUGGGCUAAAAAGGAGCUUUUGCGCCAAUUGUGUCUGGGUUUCGAAUCCGACUUCCACUGGGAGAAGCUGCCCAAGGCUGUGAGACAGGCACUUCUCGACCGUUGUCUUGGGCAGCCGUGUGAGCUGUCUGAAAAGCACUACCAGUGGCUCGAGGACAGCGUCUGCCAGUUUGACAUCAAAGACCUGUCGGUUCACAUCGCGCGCAGUAACGUUGCAGCUGCAGCGGCCGUUAGUAUCCUGGAUUAUGCCAACUACGGAACCGGUGAAUCGGCCGCUUACAAGGAGUCUGAGACCCCGGAAUACAUCCCAUACCUGCCUAAGCAGCUUCCCACGAUUGCGUACUUUAUCUUGAAGCCCUUGUUCUCAGUGUACUACACGUUGGCUGCCGCUUUGAAGUUCAUCGUUAUCGCUCUGGUUGCCGAUCCCGAAUUCCAGCGAGAGUACAACCAUGUCAUGAGCCGCUAUCCUGCCAUUAUCCGGGUGCCUGCUACUCUUGCGUUGAGCAUGUUGUGGAAGUAUGCCAAAGUGAUGCAAGACUUGGGCCUGACCUUCUUCCUCUUCUAUGGCCGCGACGAUGUCAAGCAGCUCUGGGAUGAGACCAAGGGCAUGACAGUCAACAUCAAGAAGAGCAGGUACAUUGUCCAGAGUCUUGACGGGACUUUCACUGCUUUCCGGCAAAACCAGCCUGACGGAGGGUUCAAGGUGCUCUACUACGCUGGAACUCCCAAGACAGAACCCGAAGGGACGAAGAGCCUUAGCUGCGUUAGCACUUACUCGAAGGACCUUCUGCUUCUGAUCCGUCAAGAAUACAAGGGUGGGAACAUUGUCAACGAAUAUCACUACGAUUACCGGGCCCCUACGAAGAAGGGUCUGACGCUGAAGUUGACCGAGUCCAAGGUCCCGAUGGGCCGACGAUGCGUGCGCGGAACGAACCAUCUCCAGAGCGUACAGUACAACCGCAAAGGACUUAUCGAGGCUGGUUCUUACAUGAAGGAUGGCAAUCUUAUUCGCUUCAAGUACCACUACCGCAAGAACCCUCGAUUUGGUGACGAACUUCUCCGGGCUGAGUUUGCCUUGUCCCAUAUUACCUGCACAGUCUCUUGGUGUGCUCCGCCGCUCCGCCACCCCGAGAAGGUUGACCGAUGGAUUCCUCAUGCAAAGGUUACCGAGGCGACCUUUGUCCAGGGUCCUGAUGUCUAUGAGGCGCGCUGGCUAUAUGACCACAAGUUCCACCCAACGAUCUUCACUACACUCAAUGGGCAGAAGAUCCAGACACCGCCGAUGAUUGAGCACGAUUACCUCGAAGUUCUCGCAAAACCCAGGUUCACUAGCUUUGUUCAUGACAACCCUCUCUUCUACUGCGACAGUCUAAGCUCCAACAUCUUCACCCGCAUGCUCCGGCUGACAAGGAAGCGCUUCCCCGUCUCGACCUCACGGGCUCGUUCGCUCAUCUGGAAGGCCUGGAAAGAUAAAACUGACUUUGACGGAAUCACUGUGCGCUGGAUGGAUGAGCGUUUACUUCGAAGGGACAGGACACUCUCCCCAUACUGGCGCAGCCGUGACUGGGGUGAUCUUGCUUCGGCAAAGAAGUACCUCGAGCUACGGGCUGAUACCAUUGCGGCGAGUGCGGAUCUUGAUGAUGGCAUUUCCAGCUGGACACCAUUGGCCGUCAAAGUUAGCGAUCUCUUCAACUUUGGCCCUGGUGGUGACGCUGUUGUCAACACGAGGUCUAAUGACUUUGGCUCGGACACGGAGAAGUCUCUUCACGUCAUGGCUGCGGAUAACGGUACUUGGCCAAACGAGGGAGGUGGUGUGUCUGCUUGUCGGCGAGACAUGAUCAAUUCUCUGCGAACAAUCAAGUGGCAUAUGAUUUGCGAGUCAGCGAACGAUUUUGGUGUGCCGAAGCACCAGACUGAGCAGAACAUUCUCUCUCUCAAGGUGAUUCCGCUCUGGGGAAUGGACUUCCUUACACCCACACACGGUCUCUUCAGGAACAAACUGGACUCUGAGGUGGAGAGUGUCACAUCGGCAAAUGACAUGGACAUUAAGAUGAACUUUAUUCCCAUUCUGACAGCCCUCGUCAAGGGAGCCCGUGCUGUGGAUCUGUCCAAGGCUGAUAUCCGCCAGGCUACUAGGGCCUUGGUCAAUCUGAACACGUUCUUCCAGGACUCGCGCCAUUGGACACAGAUCUGGAACAGCGAGAUUGUCAAGGAAAGCUGGCGGGAUCUGUGGCUUACCCAGGAGAUGCCUAACACUGUGCCGUCCUCGGAAUGGUUCAGCACUGACUUGCCCACGCUGGGGACUCUUGACGUUGCUCUGGAGCUCUGGUACCGCUACUUGUUCAUCUUCUCGAUUCCCAUCCCCGAUAAGAUUCCCAGUGUGUUCCAGGCGUCUCAUCACAGUGUGAGUGCUUCUUAUGGUGUCGUAUGCAAGAUCAAGAGGAACUGUACGCUCCAGAUCUGGGAUCACGCGAUUGCCUGGCGUGAGACGAACCUCUGCCUGUCCUCAGCUCUUUGCAAGCUUUCUCCCUUUGUUCGAAAUGCGUUGCUUGGUCUGAUGCGAGUCACGUCCGCUCUCACUCUGUACCAUGCGGAUAUUAUCUCGCCGUGUGCCGAUUUCUUCAACCCGGGCUGGGAAGUUGAGAUCGGAACGUGCCAGGGAGCAAUUGAGCACCGCAAUGUCUUCCGUCGCAAGGUCGACCCCGUCGUCAACGGUAUCACUGACAUGCAAAAGUUCGCCCCAGUCAAGGAGAUCAAGACCGAGCGGCCUACAGUGACCAUGCUUUCGCACGUCUGGUACGCCAAGGACAUCAAGACCGCUCUCCUCGCCGCGGACAUCAUCAUCAACCAGUGGAAGUUCGACGAUUACCACCUCGAUAUCUACGGCGCGAUCGACAAGGCCCCUACCUACUCUACCGAGUGCCAGGAAAUCAUUGCCUCCAAGGGUCUUCGAGGACGAGUGACUCUCCGCGGCACAGCUGACCCCAUGAAGGUCCUCGAGAGCACCUGGCUCUUCCUCAACUCCUCCUUGUCUGAAGGUCUCCCUCUCGCGCUCGGUGAGGCAGCCUUGACUGGAGCGCCAGUGGUCUGUACCGACGUCGGCGCCUCGCUCCGCGUUCUCAGCGACCCAGAUGACUUCUCCCGCUUCAGCGCUGUCGUCGCCCCCAAUGACGCCGUCGCGCUCGCCAGGGCUCAGAUCUCCAUGCUUGCCAUGCUCGGCGAGUGGUCUAAGUACGCCGACGAUACCGAGCCAGCCCCCAUUCUUCCAUCGUCGCCAACACCGGAAGACGUCGCAAAGAUCACUCAGCGCAUGUACGACAAGUCGGACCACCGCCGCAAACUGGGCAUGAUGACUCGCAAGAUCGUGCAGAAGUCCUUCAGUGGCGAUCGCUACCUCCGCGAGCACGAGCAGAUGCUCUGGAUCGGCAAGUCCGCGAAGAUGAUGGCCUCCCGCGUCCCAGGCCUCCACGAGCCUGCAGAUAUCGCAACAGCCAUCCAGCAAACCCUCCCCAUCGAAGAGGAAGUCAUCACAAUCCCCCGCUCCGCCGUCCACUCCUGGCGUUCCUCCGCGGCCUCUGGUAUGUCAACCCUGUACACGAGCUACACCAGCUCUACUGCUCCUUUCUCCCACGUCGGUCACAACCAACAACCCACCCGCUCAAGCUACUACGCUCCUGCCUCCGCGACCACAAACCUCCUCAACCGUCCGUCCUCCCUAUACUCCGCCUUCUCCAACGCGUCAACAACAGACGCCUCCUCCGGCUUCCUGCCCCUCCCCAACUCUCCCCUCCCCGUCUUCGCACCCCGACACUCGCUGCACCUCUCUCCCGCUCCCAGCGCCCACGGCGCCGGGGGCGUCAUCCAACGCCCGCUUUCUCCGGGCGGACGCAAGUCUCCGCUUUUCACGCGCCCCCGGCAUUCACGAUCACGCUCUGGCAGUCUCUCUACGGGUGGACGCGAACAGCUCCGUGGUCUACAAAGGGAGGAUCUGCAGCAGUAUCGCAAUUCCGACGUUAGCACCAUCAUGAGAGAGGAGUUCUUCCAGUCGAGUGUCUACCGCGGCAUUGAGGGCGGCGGCAAUAAUCACAUCAGAUUUGAAGAGGCCGCCUAG